AAAGGACCCAAUGGUGGGACGGACCCUAAUGUGGGACAGUGCUCGUUUGGCUCGAUAUGAAUACUUUGACAGUGACAGCUGACUGUCAUCGAUUCGUCUCGUCAAAAUCUUUAUUCCUAUGUGAAAUCGAUGGUGUGCACACGUGUUUUGAGCUCUCUCCAAUAGCGAAUAGAAAAAGGUGUUCUCAACAUAUAAAUCGACUUCCAGUGUUAAGUGCUAUUUUACACAGUGAAUUUAAUCAUCGUCACCGUGAAUAUGUCGAAAAAAGCAGAAAACAUUGAUUUGGAUGCAUUGUUGGAGGCGAUUAAAGAGGUUAAGAUCAAUGGAAAGUCAAUUCGAUCCGUCGCCAGUCAAUACAACAUUCCAAAAUCAAACUUGUCUCGAUAUAUCAGCAAUCUUACUGCGAAUAAUGUAGACUUUGCCACUGCUGAUGCCAAUGAUAUCAAGAAUAUGAUCGCUCCAAUGGUUACAUAUGGUCCCAAAACGUAUUUCACCGCCGAACAAGAAAUGGAGCUCAUGAAAUAUGUCUUAUUUGCAAGUAAUAUUCAUUAUGGUCUCAGCAUUGUCGAAUUGAAGACAUUGGCUUAUCAAUAUGCCAAAAAGAUUGGAAUUGAAUAUCCAGCCGAAUGGGAUACCAAUGGCCACGCAGGCAAGCAUUGGUAUUAUUUGUUUAUGAAGCGCCAUCCGAAUUUAUCACUGCGUAAGCCUCAACAAGUCAGUGCAAAUCGUUCCAAAGCAUUCAACAAAGAAAAUGUUGAUGGUUUUUACAAAAACCUCUCCGAUGUGUUGGCAGCAAACGAGUACGAGCCCCACCGAAUUUGGAACAUGGAUGAAUGUGGCAUGCCAACCGUUCCGACUAAAGCUGUGAAACAAAUCGCCGAAAAAGGACAAAAACAGGUUGCCACCACAACAUCGGCUGAAAGAGGCACCAAUGUGUCAUUGGCAUUGGCUGCAAACGCAUACGGUAAUACAGUCCCUGCUUUUUUCAUCUUCCCAAAAGCAUACAUGCGUGAAAUCUACCUUACACACGCUGGUCAUGGUGCGACUGGCGAUGCGAAUGGUAGCGGUUACAUGACAAGCGACACUUUCGUUAAAUGGAUGAAGCAUUUCAUCGUUCAUUCGGGUGCCAAGAAAGGUUCGCCGACUCUUUUGUUGCUGGAUAAUUUCACUGCUCAUUUGUCAAUCGAAGCGAUUGAUUUGGCAUUGGCUCAUGACAUUACAAUGGUUUCGUUCCCACCUCAUUGCACGCACAAAUUACAGCCAUUAGAUGCAACGGUAUUCGGACCAUUGAAAACUGCAUUGGCGAAACAACAUGAUGCAUGGCAGAAAAGUAACAUCGGCGUUAAAUUCGAUAUACACCACAUCCCUCAAAUCGCCGAUAUUUGCCUCGAUAUUGCCGCUACGCCAAGAAACAUCAAGGCUGGUUUCGCUUCUUGCGGCAUUUACCCUUUCAAUCCGGAUAAUUUCUCGGAAAGUGACUUUGUCGCGGCAAAUCCAACCGACGAAAUGCCAAGCACAAGCAUUGAACAAAACGAUUUCGAACGUCGUAUUGUAGUUUUGUCUGCCGACGAUAUCGAACCUGGGGCGCAUGAGGAGGUGGCCACAUCGGAGUCUUCGUUUGCAACAAGCAGCACUUCAUCUAGUGCUAUCACACCCGCUGUUCUUCGACAAGCGUUGAAUGCAGUUGGUCCGUUGAAUUUGGGUACCCCAGCCAAAAAAUCGAACCGUGGACGCAAACCAAUGAAGGCGGCUAUAUUAACAUCGCCUGAAGUCGUCGCUGAUUUGCGCGAAAAAGCUGACGCCAAGCGUAAAAAGAUCGAACAACAGAAGGAAAAAGGGACAAAGAAAGGACCACCAGCGAAGAAAAACAAACCAUCUGCACGACCAACUCGGCAAGCUAAACGUGCUGCUCGUCCAACCCGUGACGUUGAAUUCUGUAUUCUAUGCUUCGAUGAUAUGCCAGAAAGGAUGACCGCGCAAAAUACGGCCAAAUGCAUCGAAUGCCAACGUGAAGUUCAUCUCAGAUGUGUCUAUGCUUCUCCCAACACAUUCAAGUGUCCAAACUGCGAAUCUGAUGGUGAAUAA